ACUCAUUUCAUAUACUGCGGUGGUCGGAGAAGGUUGUUCUAUCAAUUGAGUCCGAUAAUUGAUGAGAUAUUUUGUUGCUGUAAAAUUGGAAAAAUGUCAGCAUUUGAACUGAAAAAUUUAAAUGAUUGCUUGGAAAAGCAUUUACCACCCGAUGAACUAAAGGAGGUUAAGAGAAUUUUGUACGGCGUAGAAGAAGAUCAAACGCUUGAGCUGCCCACAAGUGCGAAAGAUAUUGCCGAACAGAAUGGAUUCGACAUCAAGGGCUAUCGCUUCACGGCGCGAGAGGAGCAAACUCGCAAGCGCCGGAUAGUCAGAGUUGGCGCCAUCCAAAACUCUAUCGUAAUCCCUACUACGGCGCCCAUUGAAAAACAACGAGAGGCCAUCUGGAACAAAGUGAAGACUAUGAUCAAGGCGGCAGCGGAAGCCGGAUGCAACAUUGUUUGCACCCAAGAAGCGUGGACCAUGCCCUUUGCCUUCUGCACUCGCGAGAAGUUUCCUUGGUGUGAGUUUGCCGAAGAAGCCGAAAACGGUCCCACAACCAAGAUGCUCGCAGAGCUGGCCAAGGCUUACAACAUGGUUAUCAUCCACUCGAUUCUGGAGCGAGAUAUGGAGCAUGGCGAGACCAUUUGGAAUACGGCAGUGGUCAUCUCGAACAGUGGUCGCUACCUGGGCAAGCACCGCAAGAACCACAUUCCCCGGGUGGGUGACUUCAAUGAGUCCACCUACUACAUGGAGGGGAACACCGGUCAUCCGGUUUUCGAGACGGAGUUCGGCAAGCUGGCUGUGAACAUAUGCUACGGGCGCCAUCACCCACAGAACUGGAUGAUGUUCGGUCUGAAUGGAGCCGAGAUUGUCUUUAAUCCCUCGGCUACGAUCGGCCGCCUAUCGGAGCCAUUGUGGAGCAUUGAGGCACGUAACGCUGCCAUCGCCAAUAGCUACUUUACGGUUCCGAUUAAUCGCGUGGGAACCGAGCAGUUCCCGAACGAAUACACAUCUGGUGAUGGCAACAAGGCGCAUAAGGAGUUUGGUCCCUUCUACGGAUCUUCUUAUGUCGCAGCUCCUGACGGCUCAAGGACACCGAGCUUAUCGCGGGACAAAGACGGCUUGCUUGUCGUUGAACUCGAUCUGAACCUGUGUCGCCAGGUGAAGGACUUCUGGGGCUUCCGCAUGACGCAGAGAGUUCCGCUGUAUGCGGAGUCCUUCAAAAAGGCAUCCGAACAUGGCUUCAAGCCGCAGAUCAUCAAGGAAACAUAAGAGAAAAGAGUAUUUUACGAUUGACUUUGUUGAUUAGCGGAAUUGAUUUUGAAGAAAAUUGCAUUUUGAUUUGGACUUUAAAUAAAGAUAAGCUCAUUUUAACACAU